AAUCGUGUGCGUCCGAUGCCCCCAAACCCUAACCUAACGCACUCGCUCCCUCCUGCGUCCUGGACUCCUGGCUCUCCAUGCGGCGGCGGCGCUCCCUCCAUCCUCUCUAGCUUCGGCGCGGCGCUCCCUUCUCCCUCCUCUCGGCGCAGGCCGCGGGCUCCGUCCCCUCGCGCGGCGCUCCGUGCCUCCGCGCUCCCUGCUUUCGGCGCGGCGCUGGCAUACCGUCCUCUCGGUCCUCGGCGGCGGCUGCUCUCUCCCUGCUCUCGGCGCGCGUCGGGCUCCCUGCUGCCCUGCUCCCUUCUCCCGGCGCGCGCGGUGGCCGGUACUGCCAUGCUGGACAUGCAUGUAUCUGCUCCUGCUGGCGAGGAGCAGGGGUUGAUGACAUGCAUGCCUGUGAAUUGAUGAAUGUAGUGUAUAUCUGCGGUGCAUGAGAAGAGAAUUAAGAGAUGCCAACGCCGAGCGAGUCAACUGUCAGGCUAAAUAAUUUCUUCAACCUCGUGCGUGGCCAGUGGGCGUUAAAAAUUUAUUUAUUUA